AUGACUGUAAAUCGUAUAAGGGUAGUGGUGCUCGGAAGCCCGCGGAGUGGGAAAUCGGCGGUGGUCGUGCGCUAUUUAACGAAACGGUACAUCGGCGAAUACAGCUCUACAGGCGAUUUCCUUUAUCAACAUAGAGUAGCCUUUGACGGUGCGGUCUCGGAAGUAGAAAUACUCGACACCUCAAAUUGCGCGAUUCGCGGCUGCAUCGGCGACCACGUGCGGUGGGGAGACGCGUUCGCUAUCGUCUAUUCGGUGUGCGAGAGGCGCUCGUUUCUGGCGGCUGCCGAGAUUCUGUCGUUGCUGGUGAGGAGUCGGCUGCCCGGCUGCGCGGCUAUAACCCUCUUGGGGAAUAAAAGAGACCUCGAACACGCCAGGGAGGUCCACGCAGAGGAGGGUCAAGAGCUGUCGCUCCGGUUCGGGUGCCAGUUCUACGAGGUGUCUGCGGCGGAGUCGUGCGCUGGCGCGGCGCUCGCCUUCCAUGCGUUGCUGAGGGAGGCGCGCGCUCUGGCGCUCCUGCUGCCCGCGCCGCGACGCAAACUGGCCGCCUACUCCGUCUCUAAGGUCAUUGGCACGAUAUUCGGCAAGAACAGCAAAAGCGUACGUAAGAAACGACCAUCGCUCAGCAUU